AUGUUGCCACGGUCCUUAUCGAGAGGAACAAUGCGGAUUUUAAUUAGUUUAGCGAUAUUAGUGUGCGCUGUGGAAGCCGCUAAGAAGUUCGAAGGGACUUUAAGAUCGGCAGCCGAUGCUCCGCCUCAAGACAACCUUGCCAUAGAAUCAGAAUCUCCCGAACCAUCCGUGGUAGAUGCUCCCCAAGAGUAUAAGAAUCCCGGCGCUCCACCACCUGAAAAAGUUGAAGACGAUCCCACUGAAGAAGAAGAUGAACAACCGGCGCCUGUACAAGAGACAGCAGCCGGUAUUCCACCAUCCGCACCCAGUGGAAUAUCUGCUCCAUCGGCACCAGCGAACUCUCUCGAAGAAUGUGAUUCCGAAAUGAUUGGAUUCGAACUAGUCACUGGAUACGUUUUCUCAGCGCCAUCACACAUUCUAGACGACAUCCCUGGCACUUUAAUGUUGACAGAUUGUUUAGAACAAUGUCAAUCGAAUGACACUUGCCGCGCUGUGAACUACGAAACAGGCUUGUGCGUUCUCUUUAGCUCUGAUGCUGACCAAUUACCAGGUGCAUUAACGAAAUCGCAAUUCCCUGUAUUCACGAUCUACGCCCAAAAAUCUUGCCUUGGUGUUAAGCCGUGUGAACGGGCUUGGUGCUUUGAUCGUGUGCGUGGCUACCACCUCAAAGGCCGCGGAAAGAAAACACACACAGUCAGCUCUAGGCACAUGUGCCUUGACCUCUGCCUGGGAGAAAAUGAGUUUGUAUGCAGAUCGGCGAACUACAACAACAAAACAGGCGAGUGUGUUCUAUCAAACAUGGAUCGGAUUACUUUGGGCGGCACCAAUGCUUUCCAGCCGAAUGAAGAUACUGACUAUUUAGAGAACAACUGUGUCGAAGAGCCAACGAAACUUUGCGAGUUCAAAAAAAUGAGUGGCCGUAUUCUUAAGACUGUCGAUUCCGUGUACCAAGACGUACAGACAGUAGAAGAAUGUCGUGAACUAUGUUUAAAUUCACCCUUCCGUUGUCACUCUUAUGAUCACGGCGAUACUGGUGAUCACGUAUGCCGACUUUCUCACCACUCCAAAGCAACUCUUGCUGAUAUUCAGGAUCCGUACCUUGAAGUACCAGAAGCCGCCACUUACGAACUAUCUUCCUGCUAUAACGUAUCCAUCGACUGCCGAGCUGGUGACAUGGUCGCCAAAAUUCAAACAUCCAAACUUUUCGACGGCAAAAUUUACGCUAAAGGAAGCCCCAACUCUUGUGUUGUUGAUGUUAAACAGAGUUUGGAAUUUGAGUUGCAUAUGGGUUACAACAACAUUGAGUGUAACGUUAAACAAAACGGACUUGGCAGAUAUCUCAAUGACGUCGUAAUUCAGCAUCACGACACGAUCGUCACCUCUUCUGAUCUCGGAUUAGCCGUGACUUGUCAGUAUGAUUUAACAAAUAAGACCGUUGCUAAUGAAGUGGAUCUUGGAAUUCACGGCGAUAUUCAGACUGGUCUGUCCGAGGAGGUCAUUGUCGACUCACCGAAUGUAGCAAUGAAGAUUACCGACAGGAGCGGAGACGACACCAUUGUUUCUGCCGAAGUUGGAGAUCCUUUGGCUCUCAAGUUUGAGAUCAUGGAUCCCAACUCACCCUUCGAAAUCUUUGUACGAGAGCUGGUUGCUAUGGACGGUGUCGAUUCCAGUGAAAUCACCCUUAUCGAUAGCGACGGUUGCCCCACUGAUCAUUUCAUCAUGGGACCUCUGUUCAAGUCUACAUCAACCGGAAAGAUACUUUUGUCCAACUUCGAUGCAUUUAAGUUCCCAUCUUCUGAGGUUGUCCAAUUCCGGGCUUUGGUGACACCAUGCAUGCCUACUUGUGAACCUGUUCAAUGUGAUGGUGGGCCAAAUGAAUUAAGAUCCGUUAUGUCUUACGGACGUAGGAAGAGGCGUUCCACAUCAGCUGCCCCCACUGACGAUAUGCUCUUGGUACAAACCAUUCAAAUCACAGACAAAUUCGGUUUCGACAAACAACGAGCUAAGAAUGUCACAGAAGAUUCAGUGUACGUUAGGGAGACCGAUGUCACUUGUGUAAACGCAUCUGGAGCUAUGUUAGCAGCUGCUGCAUUCAUUGCUGCACAACUAGUCGUACUUGCCGCAUGGACCUGCAGUUGGCAGAGGAGACGCGCUGCCGCCAAAGCUGCAGAGUUACUCCCAGGUCCCAAUGCCCCUUCAUCUCUUUGCAAAGUCUACGACCCUAGUUUCUCUCGAGCACACCAGAGGCACUUCUGA